UGCUUUGUACUGCCCAUUAAUGUGCUGCACAAUUUAUUCUGUUGCAUCCUGAACCAGAUCCUGCAUAGCUCACACAGCAAAAGGGCAACUGUUUGGAAAAACCAUCAUGGCUGAAAAAACCCCCAAGCUUUACUACUUCAAUGGAAGAGGCAAGAUGGAAUCUAUCAGAUGGUUAUUAGCUGCAGCUGGUGUUGAGUUUGAUGAAGUAUUUUUGGAAACCAAGGAGAAGUAUGAGAAAUUAAUUAAAGAUGGAUAUUUACUUUUUCAACAAGUUCCUAUGGUGGAACUAGAUGGCCUAAAGCUUGUACAGACAAGAUCCAUCCUGAGCUACAUAGCUGCUAAAUACAACCUGUAUGGAAAAGACAUAAAGGAGAGAGUCAAGAUUGACAUGUACUCUGACGGAGCAACUGACCUGAUGAUGCUGAUUAUUUCCCAAGCUUUCCUCCCUGAAGCUGACAGAGCAAAGCAAGGCGACCUUGUAAAAGAGAGAGCAUUAAACAGAUACCUUCCAGUCUAUGAAAAGGCUUUAAAGGAACAUGGUCAACACUACCUGGUCGGGAAACAAUCUUAGUUGGGCUGAUAUCCAGCUUCUGGAAGCCAUUUUUGAUGGUAGAAGAGCUACAUGAUGACAUCUUAUCUGGGUUUCCCUCACCUUCAGG